AAAUAUCACCAUAAACUCAAAUACCUUAUAGAAAUACACAGGCUAUUUCGGCAAUUGCUUUUCAAAUAUAUUAAAUAGGCAGCGCAGCGCAAGCGUAAACAAUAUUUAGAUUAUGCCCCCCAUUCGCAAAGCGGAAGUUGGGUGCCCAAAUGUUUAUUGGCCAUGAUCACUGUUUACAAACAAAACACGCGCCAGAUAAAACAAAGGCCAUAUAUUCUCCCCCACCGCUGUCGAUCAGUUGGCUCCAUAGAAUGCCGUACUUAUGGGCAGUCUAGUUGGCUUUUCGGCGUUUUAUGGGAAAUUACGAAGCACUUGUUGGAGGCGAUUAUCGAAAUUGUACCGAAUAGAGAAGCUUGCUGGUCGCGCACAGUGAAGUCCAGAAUCUGCAGACAGUUCAAUCCGUUCUACAUCGGACCCUAUCCGGAGCGUGCCUGCGGGGAUUGUCCGUAUGGCCAGUACUCGGGCUUCACCAGAUGCGGAUGGAGUGGCGGAAACGGUCCCUUCGGCACCACCUUCUGUGAUUCCCGCUACGGUGGAGGAGGAAGGAGAUGUGGAGGCGGCUGUGGUGGAUGUGGAGGAGGAGGUAGAGGUAGAGAAGGAUGUGGUGGAUGUGGAGGAGGAGGCAGAGGUGGUUGUGGUCCAUCGUGUGGUCCCCGUAGUGGCGGAUCGUCCUGGUGUCCCGGCUAUUCCCCGUACUAUCAGUCGCCGUGCGGAGCGGACAGCUGCAUGAUGUGCUCCAGUGGAUUUGGCUGCUGUGGCCAAUCCUGUCGCACAUCCUGCUACUCCUGCUGCUGAGUGGUCGUCUCGUGGACUCUGGACUUCACUGUGUGCGGUUAAUUGGUUUCUUGAGUUUUUUUGAGAAAAAUUGAUUGUAAAGCAGGAA